AUGUCAAAUCAGAACGAGAAAAGAAUGAAAGCUAAGGAGCUGAAGCGAAAAAACAUUCUUGACUCGAUUACGCGUUUGGAGACAUUUUUGCGGAAUUUUGAUCCUGAUGAACAUGGCCACGAAAUUCCACUACGACUGGAGCGUAUUGAGAAGUUGAUGGAGUCUUUCGAAACAGUACAAUCAGAGUACGAAGAGCUCGAUGUUGAUGAAAACUUUGCACUGGAAAAUGCCGAAAUAAGAGCCAAGGUCGAAGAAAAAUAUUUUCAAGUGAAAGCUGGUUUGCUACUGAAGCACUCCACCCAACAAUUGCCUGUGGCAUCAACCUCUACUCAAGCUAUCCCCGCGCAACUACCAUUUCCCAACCCACUGUCGAACGUUAAACUGCCGACGAUCACGCUGCCUGAGUUCGAUGGUGAUUUUAAUGGAUGGCUGACCUUCCACGACACCUUCCUUUCCAUGAUUCACUCGUCAACGGAGAUAUCAAGUGUGCAGAAAUUUCACUAUCUUCGCGCUGCUCUAAAGGGAGAAGCAGCGAAUUUCAUUCAUUCUAUCACCAUCACCGCUGCGAACUACUCUGUUGCGUGGGACACGCUUAUCAAGCGUUAUUCCAAUAAGAGUCUACUACGAAAAAAGCACAUACGAGCGAUCCUGAAGUACCCAAAGAUCCCAAAUGAUUCUGUGGAGGCGCUCCACCGCAUUCUUGAUGAUUUUCAACGGCACACCAAGGUACUGCAGCAGUUAGGAGAACCUGUCGAACAAUUUAGUUCCAUUCUGAUAGAGCUGCUGGUAGACAAAUUAGAUGACGCCUCCCACAGCGCAUGGGAGGAAUCAAUUGCAUCAGAUGAAAAUCCGACCUACGAUAAAAUGGUUGAGUUCCUGCAGAAAAGGACUCGAGUACUGGAGACGAUUAUGGUCAACCGGCCAAGCCCAUCCCAAUCCAGAACCGGAAACCACAAUUCUGGAAUCCAAAAGCAGAAUGCCUCCCGUGUCAGUUCCAACGCUAUGGCUGAAAGUGUUAACAAGGAAUAUCCGUUAUGUCCCGCCUGUGAAAAACAAAGGCAUUCGCUGAUGGACUGCCUCUUAUUCAACGAAAUGAAUAUUCAAGAUCGUUUGAGGGUCGUAAACGACAAAAAGCUAUGUAGCAAUUGCUUCCGUAGCGACCAUUUUGCUCGUACUUGUCGCUCAAAGUUUGUGUGCAAGCAAUGCACCAAGCGACACCACACGAUGAUACACCCCGGUUACAUCGAAGUUCAAUUGCAUCCGGAACCUAAAUCAGAGACAACCCCGAAAACAGAAAUCGAGCCCCUACCUGGUCCCUCUCGCGUGGUAUCUGCUAUUGCCACCACCGAGACUCUGGCUGCCGACAAUAGUGCUCACAUAGCAGCAUCCAGCGCAGCUGUAGAAGGAAACAAAAUGAGUGUACUUCUUUCUACCGUGGUUCUAAUAAUCGUAGAUGCAUAUGGACAAGAGCACUUGGCUCGAGCCCUGCUGGACACAGGGUCGCAGCCGAACGCAAUCAGUGAACGGUUGUGUCAUCAAUUGCAUCUUACCCGCACAACAGUCAACGUCCCCAUAACGGGUGUAGACGGUACCCUCACGAACGCUAAAUAUCAGGUGACAACUGAGCUCCGAUCCAGAGUGAAUGAUUUCAAGCAGCAAAUGAAUUUUCUCGUCCUGCGAAAAGUUACCAGUGAUACCCCAGCAGUUUCAUAUUCUACUACCCAAUGGAAAAUUCCGGAAUCAGUUUUGUUAGCCGAUCCUGAGUUUAACAUUUCCCGAAGAAUCGACCUCAUAAUUGGCGCAGGUCAUUUUUACACUCUUUUGCGUGAUGGACGAAUCUAUUUGACCCAUAAUCUUCCUAUGCUGGUAAAAACCGUCUUUGGCUGGAUCGUAACUGGUCAAAUGGAGCACGGCGAUUCAAGAGAAACAGCAACUUGUCAUGUGGCUCAAAUCUCGUCGAUCGAAGAUCUGUUAGAACGUUUUUGGAAACUUGAAGAGGUAAGCGGAACGAACUAUUCUGUAGAUGAGCAGAAUUGUGAGAACUUUUAUCGUGAAACCGUUUCUCGGGAAAAGUCUGGUAGAUACAUCGUACGAAUGCCCAGACAUCCUCAAUUCAAACAAAUGUUUGGAAUCUCAAAAUUGACAGCUCUUCAACGAUUCCGUUGGUUAGAACGAAUGCUAGAGAAAAAGCCAGAUCUCAAACCGCAGUAUCAUGAUUUCAUCAAGGAAUAUAUAGCUCUUAAGCACAUGAAGGAAGUACCUAAUGAAGAUGUAGAUCGCCCAGAUGCUUGCUAUCUUCCCCACCAUCCAGUCGUAAAAGAGGACAGUUCGACGACAAAAGUUCGUGUCGUAUUUGACGGCUCAACGAAAAUGAGUUCCGGACAUUCUCUCAACGAAGCCCUCCUUGUCGGACCAGUCGUUCAAGACGAAUUGCUCACUAUUGUUCUGCGUUUCCGACAGUUUCCAAUUGCGCUAGUGGGGGACAUUGAAAAAAUGUACCGCCAGGUUUUGCUACAUCCAACCGAUCGCCCACUCCAGAGAAUAUUCUGGAGAUUCGACAGCACUGAACCCAUCAAAGCUUACGAACUCUCCACCGUUACGUACGGUCUUGCUCCGUCGUCGUUCUUGGCGACCCGAACUCUGCAGCAAUUGGCAGAAGAUGAAGGUGCACAUUUUCCCGAGGCCAGCCGAGUAGUGAGAAAAGACGUGUACGUGGACGAUUUAAUUUCCGGCGAAAGCACUGUGGAACGAGCUAUUCAACUGCAAAAUGAUUUGAUGAAACUACUGAAGCGAGGUGGAUUUCGUUUGCGAAAAUGGGUUAGCAAUUCCCUCGAAGUGUUAUCAGAAAUUCCUGAAGAACUCCAAGGCACCCGAUCUCCCAUGAAGUUCGAUCCCGAGGAAACAGUUAAAACUCUCGGCAUCUGCUGGGAACCAGAGACCGACAAACUGCGUUUUAAUAUUGCCGUCAACGUAAUAAAUCCGGUACCAACUAAACGGGAAGUGUUGUCAACGAUUGCCCAGCUGUACGAUCCACUUGGGCUCGUGUCCCCCGUCAUCGUUCAAGCAAAGAUCCUAAUGCAACAACUCUGGCUUCUGUCCUUAGAAUGGGAUGAUGAAAUUACUCCAGAUCUUCACCGUAAGUGGAAAAUAUUCUGCCAACAACUUCCCACUCUUUCAAAAUUUCGGAUUGAUCGAAAUGCAUUCAUUCGGAAUUAUCAAGUCGCCGAAUACCACACAUUUGCAGACGCAUCAAAAGCUGCAUAUGGAGCAUGUAUUUACAUCCGAUCCGAAGACGCCCAUGGCAACGUCAAAGUGAGUUUGCUGGCUUCCAAAUCGAAGGUAGCCCCAUUGAAACCAAUCAGUAUUCCCCGGCUCGAGUUGUGCGCAGCUCUCCUCGCUACCCGUUUGUUUGAAAAAGUAGUUGCUGCUCUGGAUCAGAUUUCCUCUAGGAAGUACUUCUGGUCAGACUCAACAGUGGUCCUGCAGUGGAUGAAGGCGCCACCGCGGACCUGGAAAACUUUUGUUGCCAACCGUAUUUCCGAAAUACAAGCGACAACCCAUGGAUUCCCUUGGCUGCACGUUGCAGGGAUCGAAAAUCCCGCUGAUUUGUUGUCCCGCGGUUUCCCUGCUGACGAACUAGUCACCUGUGACAAAUGGCUUCACGGACCAAGCUGGCUACACGGACCCAAGGAAGUGUGGCCCACCCAAAAUCUCCCGCGCACCGAGCUCCCAGUGGAAGAAUUGGAACAACGUACUGCAGCUGUGCUGACUCUCCAAACUUCUGCUCCCCACGAAUUAUUCCUGCGAUUCUCAUCAUACAAUAUGUUGCUGAAUGUGGUGGGAUGGGCAUUCCGAUUCAUCCAAAAUACACGCUCAAAGAAUAUGAUUAGGUCACUCCCCAAACCAGAUAUCCGCCAUCUACCGAUGAAUCGACUAAACUACUACCAACGGAUUCAAGCCCACAGCCAACAGUUUUGGCACCGAUGGAGGUCAGAGUACCUAAAGGAACUGCAGAUACAAUACAAAACAAACCCGAAACUAUGCAGCCUCGAAGUUGGGAGUGUUGUAAUUCUGAAGGACGACAGUCUUCCACCGACGCGCUGGCCCCUCGCGCGUAUCCUAGAAGUCCAUCCCGGACCUGAUGGCAUCGUCCGCGUGGUGACUAUUCAAACUUCGGGAGGUGUACUGAAGCGAUCUGUAUCGAAGAUUUGUCCUUUACCCAAAGCAGGAGAAUUUUGA